AUGGCUCACUUGGAUAGACUUCCAACAAGAGUAAGACUUCAACGAAUGGGCAUCACCACUGAAGGAAAUUGUGUUUUAUGCAACAAUGCUUUAGAAACAAGGGACCAUUUGUUCUUCCACUGUUUGACUACUGCUUUCUUAUGGGACGCGAUAUUGAACCGGAAUGGGUUGAGUAAUUCUGCAGCAUCAUGGGUUGACAUGGAAACGUGGGCUUGCGAGGUAUGGAAAGGAAAAUCUCUUCUCACCACAAUAUUGAAGCUAGCAAGGUGUGCUUUUAUCUACACUCUUUGGGAGGAAAGGAAUCGAAGAAUAUUCCAAGGUCGUACACGAUCACUAGAAGAUCUUAAAGUCAUAAAGGAAGUCGAGAACUCUGCUUCAUUGGGUAAUAAUAUUUGA